ACCUCCAUUUCGUCGUCUUCCGUAUACCUACUUUCAUAGUUUGACGAAUGGCUGUUUCCACGCGUCGCUUACAGAAGGAGCUCGCAGAUCUCAAGAAUCAAGGAACGCCAGUAGGUAUUAACCUGUUGAGUGCCGAUAACUUUGAGGAAUGGUUCCUGUCUCUGGAGGUUCUCGGUGAUACUGUCUUUGCGGGCGAGGUAUUCUGCCUCAGGUUCCGGUUCGACAACCAAUAUCCGAUUUCGUCGCCAGCAGUCCAAUUUGUGGUAGAUGACAAGUGGAAAUCCCCGAUGCACCCACAUGUAUACACCAAUGGACACAUAUGUGCCUCCAUUCUGGGUAACGAGUGGUCACCUGUGCUGAGCGUUGUUGCCGUCUGCGUGACCCUGCAGAGCAUGCUGGCAUCCUGCAAGAAGAAGGAGCUACCUCCUGGAAACGAUCGAUACGUCCGACACGCCCCCGAUAAUCCGAAGAAGACUCGCUUCGAGUAUGAUGGUAUGUAUUUCUUACUAUAGAGGUGUUCCACAACUGACAGACUGGCCAACGUUGUGUAGACGACACGUAAGUCUGGUUUUCCCGUCGUAGGGCGCGUGGCUGAUACCAUCAUGUCCAGUGUAUAACUAUCUAAUGGGCUUCUGGGAUUCCAGUCGAGAUUGUACAACAUUUUUUACACUGAUGCUUUGUAUCGCAGCUGCUGGACAUAGACACACCUUUGAGACUCGCGAAUGCGCAUGUACCUUGACCACACGCCCGUCUGUUCAGUAAUUGUAUUUGCUCCUUGUCGGGAUUUCUAGUGUAUGUUGACGACAUUCAACG